CCGCGCCGCGGCCCUCCUCCCGGCUCCCUCCUCCCGCCCUCCGGAUCUCCCUGCGCCUCUCUCCUCCUCUUCCUCUCUCCGGACUCCCGGCUCCGCCGCACCUCCUCCUCCCGGGGACCCCAAGGCGUUUAGCUCUCCCUCCGCUUCCAGUGACCAUGACCGCUAUCCCGGACUGGAAGCUACAGUUGCUCGCCCGGAGGCGGCAGGAGGAGGCAGCGGUUCGCGGCCGGGAGAAGGCAGAGCGCGACCGCCUGUCCCAGAUGCCGGCCUGGAAGCGGGGAAUCCUGGAGCGCCGCAGAGCCAAGCUGGGCCUGCCUCCUGGAGAGGCGAGCCCUGUGCCUGGGAAUGCAGAGGCCGGACCUCCCGACCCAGAUGAAUCUGCUGUCCUCCUUGAGGCCAUAGGACCCGUACAUCAGAACAGAUUCAUCCAACAGGAGCGGCAGCGGCAGCAGCAGCAGCGAACUGAGGCGCUUGGUGACAGGAAGCCUGGGCCUCUGGAGGCUCUAGAACGGAGAUCCAGUCCCGGUAAUUUAAGAGAUGAGAGCCCCAAGGGGAGAGAGUCAAGAGAAGAGAGACUGAGCCCCAGAGAGCCCAGAGACAGGAGGCUGGUGAUAGGGGGAGCCCAAGAGUCAAGUUCUAGGACUUUGGAGACUCGAGACUGGAGGCAGAGCCCAGCAGAGGCCAGAGACCCGAGUUCAAGACCAGGAGAAGCUCAGAAAUGGAGGCUGAGCCCCGGAGACGCUCCAGAGGAGAGCCUCAGAUCAGCGAGUCCUGGAGACCACAGUCCCAAGAGGACAGAGGUACUGGAAAGCAGGCUGAGCCCUGGGGAGGCUGGCGACCUGAAGGUCAGCCUGACGGAGGCCCACAGAUGGAGUCUUGACUCGAGAGACCCCCGGAAGCAGAGUGAGAUACAGCUGGAGGCCACAGCGUGGAGGCUGAACUCAGGAGAGGAGCGGAGCGGCUGCUCGGAGGAGUGCGGGAGGCGGGAAGAGAGCCCGACUUCGGGGAGUGCCUGGGACCAGUCUCCGGCGACAGAGGCGGUUCAGGGCACCACCGCUGGAGAGGUGGAGAGCGCCGAGCAGAGGCCCAGCCCUGAGGCGGGUGGAGACAGGAUCUCGAAGCCCGCUGAAGGCUGGAAAUGGACCCUGAACUCUGGGAAGGCUCGAGAACGGAUACCUUGGGACUUAGAGACGCAAACUCAGAAGCCAGGGCCUCCGGCGUCUUCAGAGACGCACCCGGGGCCUUCUGGUGCGGAGGCUGGAGGGGAGGCUGAGGAGGAGAAGGCGGGGGCUCAGAGCAGGCCUCUGAGAGCCCAGCACAACCUCGGCGCUGGGCCCUCCCUCCUCCCACCAGAGCACUCUAGGGCGGAAGGCUCCAGACAGCAGGAAGAGGAAGGCGCGGAACCCCGGCCCCCAACGCCAGCCCCUCUGUCUCCCCCACCCCCAGCCGCCCCCCAGCCCGCUGGGGAUCCCCUCAUGAGCCGACUGUUCUAUGGGGUGAAGGCAGGACCGGGGGUGGGGGCGCCCCGCCGCAGCGGACACACCUUCACUGUCACCCCGCGGAGGUGCGCGCCCCCGGCCAGCGCGGCCCCUCCGGUCCCCCCCGCCCCGGCCGAUGCUGCGGGGCCUGGGGCCGGGAAGAAGCGGUACCCGACUGCUGAGGAGAUCCUGGUACUGGGAGGCUACCUCCGCCUCAGCCGCAGCUGCCUUGUCAAGGGGUCCCCCGAGAGACAUCACAAACAGGGUGCCCAAGGCCAGGCCCAGCGUGUGCAUCUGCCCUCUUGCCUGCAGCUGAAGAUCACCUUCAGUGAGACGGCCCUGGAAACCACCUACCAGUACCCUUCCGAGAGCUCGGUACUGGAGGAUCUGGGCCCGGAGCCUGAGGUCCCCAGCGCUGCCCACCCCUCCGCGACCCAGCCGGACGAGGACGAGGACGACGAGGAGGAGGAGGAGCUGCUGCUGCCCCAGGGGCUCCGGAGCGGGCUGCGCACCAAGGCCCUGAUAGUGGAUGAGUCCUGCCGGCGGUGACCAUCUUCCAAUCUGGGCACGUACCUCCCUCUACCCGUCCCUGCAGAUUCUGGAUGAUUCAGAGCCGACAGACCCUGGCAGUGAGCCUGGUAGGGGAGGGCAAUGGGCAUAUCCUGUUUGUGGGCAGAGCCAGGAGCCUAAAUUUACCCCUACCCCGAGGUCCCCCUGGGGCAAGCAUCAAGCCCCGGGGUGAGACGCAGGCUCUGCCUGGACCUCCAGCGCCGUGGCAGGGCACACCGCCCACAGCCUUGCCUGGCUCCCCGCCACCCCUGGGGUCCCACCCCAUCCGCAAGCACCCUGGUUUCUAGGUCACUGCCCCUUGGUUUACAGCUUCCUUCGCCUCUCUCGCUCACGGCCUGGUUUACAUGCCCACCAGUUCCCAGCCCCACCUGCCAAAGUCCCAGGUUUACAAUGGCGUCUCCCCAGAGCCCCUGAGUCCUCCGCCUUCCAUGUGUUUCCUUGACAGUGACCUGGGGAGGUGUGUGGCUUUCUUCAACUUUGCUCAGUAUUACUGUGCCUCAGUUUCCCCCAGGAGGGAAGGCUGGGGGUCCUAACCUUGAACCCCAUCAAAGUUAUUUAAUUCUGUUCUUCCACCUUGGUUCGGGUGGAAUUGAGUCGCAGUGGGGGAGCACUAAGGAGGCGCUUGGCCUCUUUCCCAUCGCUCCUGUGUCAGCUGCCUGACUUGUUUCCUUUUGUAACUUUCUGUAAUAAAAUGGAGCUCUUUUCAA